AUGAGCAAAGGUUCCCCCCUGCACCUCCUGAUGAGCGUGUGGCUGCCCCUGCUGAGCCUGGAGAGCUGCCAGGGCUCACCCUGCACCUCCUCACCGACAACGGUCUGCACCAGCUAUGGCGCUGCAGCCGCCUGCAAAGGGGACAGCGGUGGCCCUUUCACCAUGUCCUACAACACCUGGUUCCUCUUGGGGAUUGUAAGCUGGGGUGAGGGCUGUGCUGAAGAAGGAAAAUAUAGUAUCUUUACAAGAGUAUCCAAUUACAUCCCGUGGAUCAAAGAGAUUGUGGAAAGCAUAGCAGAUUUGGAAAACUUUACCAUUAACUUUUCUUAA